AUGCUGAGUCAUAUACUACAUGGCAAUGGCAUUAGAAAUCGUGUAUUAAAUUCUCGAUUAAAGAAGAAGCAACAACAACAACAACAACAACAACAAAGUGAGCAACAAGACAACAACAACAACAACAACAACACAUCAGAUACAUCAUUGGAGGGAUCAUGGAGUAAUGUUAAAGUACAUAGAACAAUCAAUCCGGAGAAGAUCACAUCGAUACAGGAGCAAUUUGUCGAUCAUGGCAAGAGGGCGAGCGACAGGAAGAAGAUGGAGAAGCGCGUGGACGAAAUGAUUGACUCGGGGCAUUAUGACGAGCGCUCACUCGUACGCCCCGAAGACGCAGACGACGACUAUGACGAGGAUUACAAGCCGUCGGGUCGAACAUACAUCCGCGAGAGCUACCAGGUGAUGGAGCCCGACAACAAGGGGGAUGCGCGCUUCAUCGCCGACUCGAUGCGCUCCAACGAGUUCAUGGAGAAGGGCAUGGAGAAGAAGGAGAGUGGCUGGCAGCUGUGGAACUACAAGAAGCAGGGCCUGCAAACGUAUGAUCACGAUCGCGACGAGCGCAGCGAGCUGUCCAAGGUCGGCCUCGAGCGCACAGACGACGGCUCGCUCUUUUGUGGCAAGUUUGAGAUCCCCGCCGACUACGAGGACUACUUCACCAAGCCCGACAAGGUGACGUCGCGUGCCGAGAAAAACAACCUGAAGCGAAUGGAGGCACAUCUUGGCCGCGAGAAGAUUGAGAAGCGACGACCAAAGCGCAGGACGAUCAUCGAUGACAAUGAAGACGAGCAUACCAUUCUCCAAAAGAAGAUGUCCGAUCGCAUCCUGGAGGUGCUCAAUGAUUCGUUCAUGUUUGCGCAUGAGGAUAACAAUGCUACGAGACAGGAGAAUGCACUUCGCCGCGACGCACACACUGGCUAUGGAUUCUUCAGAAGCACAGACAAUGACGCGAUUCAAGACGACGAGUUGGUGUCCGACCCCAUCCUCUCGCGCUCAGGCAUCAUUCUCACUCGCGCACUGAUGUCCAGUGAUUUGCGAUGGGUCAAGGUGUUCUGGGAGCGAGACAACGAUGCUGUCGUGCAUAAUGUCAGUGGCAAUGGCAAUGGCAAUGAUAUUGGCGAGUUGGACAACGAACAAGAUGGCUACAGCAAUGAGCCAACAAACGCAUAUGAACUCAUGGAACAGGUGGACAGGUUUGAACACAACCAGGCAUUGGCUGUGGCAGAGGCCGAGGCCAUGGCUGAGGGUGGUGAAGGCCCGUCCAACGACUCAGCAAUGGACGAGGAGGAGGAAAAGGCCAGAAUGCUGAUGGACGAUGCCAUGACCAUCCCCGAGAUCAUUUCAAACCUGGCGACCAACAAGGCAAAGAGGAUAGUUCAACAACAUUAUAAGGAUGAACUACAAUCAGCAAUACCCAAGGACUUCUCAUUUGGAAGCGGCCACACGCAGAUGGCCCAGACCAGCAAGGUCACUCUCAACAUUAGUGUGCCGUCGCUGGAGCAGAGUCUGCGCGAGCCGACGCCGGUCGUGGAGAGCAGUUCGGCCGUCAAGAAGAGGAUGGCGGCCGAGCGCGACAUGCGCUACAGUCAAAAGUACGAAACACUGACCGAUCAGCAGAUCCAGACGCGACUGACAGCCAUCACGCCACGUCUGCGACUGCAUCUGGGCAAGAGCAUCAAGACCAAGUACGUGCCCAACAUAUUCUUUGUCAAGGACAAGGAUCAGAAGAGGAUGAAUGUCACCAUGGACCUUUACGAGACCAUCGUCUUCCCCGAGCUUGUCAAUGCCGCCAGGAAAUCACAGAACAAGGACUUGAUCAGAUCACAGCAAUUGAAGAAUAGAUUCUUGGGUGUGUUUAAGACUGGUUCAUCAUCAUCAUCAUCAUUGUCAACUCCCAACAACAUGUACAGCAACAACUACAACAAUGAGGAAGAGGAGGAGGAGAAGGACAACUUGAUGGACUUGUCACUGGCGUCAGAGAUCUUGAAGGAGGACCGCGAGUUGGACAACCCAUAUGAACAGCCAUCAUUCUUGUACAAGAACAAAUCAACUCCAGCCAAUACAGCUGUGCCCAGUGAGUCAGUAGACGACGCAGAGGACAUUGAGUUGUCCCAGAUGGAAGCCACGGAAGCCCAAGACACAGAAGGACUGGCCCCAGUCGACAGCCACACCAAGGUCGACCCUUCGUCUAUAUUUAAGCAAUACAACAAGCGACAACAGUUUGAUUAG